ACAUGUAACAGACGUUCUAGUCUUGUUCAUCACACUUGCAGCAUAGUAAGACAAACAGAGAGAGAGAAGGAGAGAACUGUCCUUGUUUAAACCUUCAUUGCCAUGGGUCACUGCUGCAAUGAGACUCAUCAAAACGGUCAGAAUUUAUUUUGUGAGCCAUUUUAUGUGCAGGUGCUACUCGGGGCUAUCAGCACAAUACUCAUCUUCUCACUAUUUUGGAAUAUUUUUUGCUGUGCAUCAAAAUGUCGCUCAGGAAAAGGGAGAUGCAACCCGAGGACAAGACGAAGACGGAGCCAGAGGCAGAUGGAAGACAACCCUAUUUAUGGAAACAUAAGUUACAUGCAGACUAGUAAGUGCCCUGUAUGUAUGUGUGUGUCUCUCUCUCUCUGUGUCUCUAUCUGUGUCAACAGUGUGAUGUUGUUUUCCGCAGGCAUGACUUUGUUCACUGGAGCUGAUUCUCAGCUCUCCUCCUCUGAGAGGGAUCAUCACAGAGUCAGCUCUGACUCACAGCCCAAAUCUCAGGACUGUUAUGCCAACCUGACCCUGAAGCCCCCCAGGCUGCAGUCAGGCCGCAGCUCUCCACAGAUACAGUACUCAGAUGUGGUUCAUUUAGAGCAGCCGCCAGAGUCAGAAAAGGAUGAUGACGGCAACAUGGAUGCCCUCUCCUGCAUGUCUGAUCUGUAUGCUUCUGUACAAAAUCAACGCACCAAAACUGUUGACACUGUGGACAGCGGAGAAGGCUACGCCAACCAUCUCUGAGACGCCACAAAUAGUCUUUGUGCAACUUGACCUGCCACCACUGGAUGGCACUGUUUGUUGUUUGUUAUUAUUUCAAAACUGAGAAGUAGCCCAGCUCAUGCAGAGGAUCUGUAUUAUAUAGUUAUGACAGAUAAUGUUUUUUUUGUUGUUGUUUUUUAAUUGCCUUGUUUUGGUGUUGCUAAUUUCAAUAUCUUGAAAUUGUUCAUUAUAUGCUAAAUCAAACUGGGAUCAUAUAUUAAUGCCAUCUUUACUGAAAUGAUGGGUUAUUAAAGUUCCCCUCCUGACAUGUUGCAAGAUA